AUGGUGAGGGAGCGUGAGAGAGAAAGCGGAAAGCAGCAGACUCCGAAUCCCUCAUCAACUAUUUCAGGCAGCGGCGGAAGUCAAGAGAUCUUCAAGGAGGAAAAGCAGAGGAACUUUGAGAGUCUGGAGAUGAUGACAAGGGCAAACAAGGAGAAGGGCCACACCUAUAUCGGAGUUACUGUGAACCCAAGGCGUCGAAUAAGGCAGCAUAAUGGUGAAAUAGGAAGUGGUGCUUGGAGGACCAAGGGCAAACACCCCUGGGAGAUGGUUAUAUGCAUUUAUGGCUUUCCAACAAAUGUUUCUGCUCUUCAGUUUGAGUGGGCCUGGCCGCACCCUCAAGAAUCAGUUGCUGUGAGGGAAGCAGCUGCAACUUUUAAAUCCUUAUCUGAAGUCGCCAAUAAGAUCAAGCUUGCAUAUACGAUGCUCACCCUCCCUGCCGGGCAGAACUUGAACAUCACAGUAGACUAUUUCUCAACCAAAUACAGAAAGGAUUCUGCUUGUUGCCCAAGCUUGCCAGAGCAGAUGAAAGUUCAAGCUUGCUCAAUGGAUGAGCUUCCCUGCUAUACUGAACAAGAUGAGUUUGAAUACAAAGAUGAUUGUGAUAACUCGGACGAAUAUGAUGAAGUCAAUGAUACUUGUGAAACUGUCUGGGGAACAUAUCCAGAUGAAGUGGUUAAUGCUUCAGCAGAUACUUGUCUUAGCAGCAUUCAUGAGGCUUCUCAUGAAGAAUUUGAAGACAUUGAAGAAUAG